ACCUGCUGCCGCGUGACGUCACGAGGGACCGGGAAGUUUCCGCUCGGCCCGUGCGCUGAAAUCCGAGGCCACACUCGCUUGAGCUGCUGUACCGCUCUUGUUUUCAAAAGCGACCUGCCCACAACAACAAUAACAACAAGCUGUCGCUGCCUCUGCAGAAGUGGUCUCAUGGAGCAAAGGCACUCGGCGCGGCUCGGUGCAAAAAGGCAACAAUGUGACCGGUGUGCAUACAGCACGGAUUGUCCUGAACAUUUGACACGGCACCAGAGAACUCACACAGGAGAGAAACCCUUCAAGUGCAGUGUGUGUGGGAAGGCGUUUGCACAUGCAUCUGCUCUUAUAAAACACCAGAGAACCCACACGGGAGAGAAACCCUUCAAGUGCAGUGUGUGUGGGAAGGCGUUUGCACAGUCAUCUGCUCUUAUAACACACCAGAGAACACACACGGGAGAGAAACCCUUCAAGUGCAGUGUGUGUGGGAGGGCGUUUGCACAUUCAUCUGCUCUUGUAAAACACCAGAGAACCCACACGGGAGAGAAACCCUUCAAGUGCAGUGUGUGUGGGAGGGCGUUUGCACAUUCAUCUACUCUUGUAGAACACCAGAGAGCACACACGGGAGAGAAACCCUUCAAGUGCAGUGUGUGUGAGAAGGCGUUUUCACGUUCAUCUGAUCUUAAAAUACACCAGAGAAGACACACGGGAGAGAAACCCUUCAAGUGCAGUGUGUGUGGGAAGGCGUUUGCACAGUCAUCUGAUCUUAAAAUACACCAGAGAAGACACACGGGAGAGAAACCCUUCAAGUGCAGUGUGUGUGGGAAGGCGUUUGCACAGUCAUCUGAUCUUAAAAUACACCAGAGAAGACACACGGGAGAGAAACCCUUCAAGUGCAGUGUGAGUGGGAAGGCGUUUGCACAGUCAUCUACUCUUGUAGCACACCAGAGAGCACACACGGGAGAGAAACCCUUCAAGUGCAGUGUGUGUGAGAAGGCGUUUACACUUUCACCAAAUUUGACACGGCACCAGAGAACACACACGGGAGAGAAACCCUUCAAGUGCAGUGUGUGUGGGAGGGCGUUUGCAUGGUCAUCUACUCUUGUAACACACCAGAGAACACACACGGGAGAGAAACCCUUCAAGUGCAGUGUAUGUGGGAAGGCAUUUGCAAAGUCAUCUGCUCUUGUACCACACCAGAAAACACACACGGGAGAGAAACCCUUCAAGUGCAGUGUGUGUGGGAAGGCGUUUUCAGAUUCAUCUACUCUUGUAACACACCAGAGAACACACACGGGAGAGAAACCCUUCAAGUGCAGUGUGUGUGGGAAGGCGUUUGCACAGUCAUAUGUUCUUGUAGAACACCAGAGAACACACACGGGAGAGAAACCCUUCAAGUGCAGUGUGUGUGGCAAGGCGUUUACAAAGUCAUCUACUCUUGUAACACACCAGAGAACACACACGGGAGAGAAACCCUUCAAGUGCAGUGUGUGUGGGAAGGCGUUUGCACUUUCAUCUACUCUUGCAACACACAAGAGAACACACACGGGAGAAAAACCCUUCAAAUGCAGUGUGUGUGUGAAGGCGUUUGCACAGUUAUCUGCUCUUGUAGCACACCAGAGAACACACUCUGGAGAGAAACCCUUCAAGUGCAGUGUGUGUGGGAAGGCGUUUGCAAUGUCAUCUGCUCUUGUAGCACACCAGAGAACACACACGGGAGAGAAACCCUGCAAGUGCAGUGUGUGUGGGAAGGCGUUUGGAAGUUCAUCGACUCUUAAAAAACACCAGAGAACACACACGGGAGAGAAACCCUUCAAGUGCAGUGUGUGUGGGAAGGCGUUUGCAAGUUCAUCGACUCUUAAAAAACACCAGAGAACACACAAGCAUCAUAAUAUCCACAAGGAGCGGAGUCUGAUAUCAGCUUGUGAAAGUCAAAGUGCCUCAAUGAGCCCAUCUCUCAUGAAACAAGAACCGGAAGAAAAUCCCAGCUUGGAAACUUUUAAAGGUAUCGAGGUGACAUAUGAAGAGGUGAAGGUGAAAUGUGAAGAAGUCAUGGUGAAGAGCGAAGAAGUGAAGGUAAAAUGUGAAGAUGAAGAUUCAACUCCAAAAUCGGACCUUCACAUCGAUGGAGGCAACGUGAAGCAGGAGGAGAAUUCUGAAUGUGAGGCAGAGCGAAGCAACUCCCAGCAGUUUGUGGAAGUGGAGGUGUGGGUGGACUUCCUCCGAGACAAUACAAAGUCAAAUGGAGACCCGGGAGAUGCGCAAGCCUGAAACGAUGUUGCUCCAAUAGAUGCACCUUUGUCACAGGCCUUUAAUGACAAUAAUGUGAAGUUAAAAACUCGGUUCCUAGGUUCAACCUGCAGGGUAAGAGCGGCCAGUCUUUGUGGACCUGUGUGUUGGGUAGAUCUCUAACCAGGAGCGAGAGCCAAUAAGCUCCCAAGCAUUCACUAUGUUAUCAUAAUUGCAUUUAUAUUGUGCUUGCUUAAUUGCCUCGGCAAUUCGUAGUUUUGUAUCGUUUCUCGUCUCAAACACUCGAAGAGCAUCCCCAAGUGGCAGCUGCCCCUGUGUGGCACAAGGUGGUGGCCCUGCACCGGCCUGCAUGUGGACAAGAGCCUGUGAGUGGGGGGCGAUGGUUGAUGUGGCAUCUUGGUUGUGGAGUUUGUAGGUAAUGUUUAGAAUUUGCAAAAUUUUACCCAGAUGCCAGCAUGCAAUGGCCGACUCGUUUUGAAUGGUGCAUUAGUAUGUUGUACAUACACUUAAGCAGACAGUGUUUUUUGUUUAUCUUGUUAAUACGAUUUAACCUGAUGCAGCAUAUUUCAGUGCAGUAAUUUAACUUCGUAAAAAUGAUUGUCAAUAAUUUAGAAUGAAUACUAGUCUGAUUGUGUGCGUACAUGUAACAUUUUGUCUACAAGGGUCAAACAUUGAUUAAGUCAUGUUAGGACAAAGUGUGUGUUUUUGGAGUAACCUGUACAGAUCACUCAGGUGAGACUCAUUGUUCUUGUGAUACAGGUCAAAGGGUACUUUUGUGGUUUCAGGAAGCAUCUCCCUCUGGAGCAACUCAUUGUCUUUGAAAUAGGGAGCACACUAGGAUCAUUCAUCUGUUACAAGGCAUACCACUCAAAAGUUACACGUAGAGGAGAUACAUUCUCUACAACACGAAUUAUAAUUUUGUAUUAUGUGUUGACGUAGAUUUUUGUCCAAUUAGGACGAGAAAUGGUCCUUGCUGAUUAACGUCUGGAUGUUGACAACCAUUGGUUGAAGCAAGCCCGGCUGCUGUUGAGACGCUGUGCACCAAUAAGGGUCCACAUGUGGCUUGCACUGAAUCAUUGACGCACUCCCAGAAGUCUGUGCUAGUUAUAGUUUGUGUAAAACAUUCCUUUGUUUCGUGGAGAGAUCGAUAAAUGAAAGAUUUCGUGUCUGCUGAUUUGCUUCAUAGCAAGGAGGUAAUUUUAAGAACACAUUUGGAGUGCAUUUUUGGUACAUAUUUGUAUUUGGUUACAAGGCAGAGCACAUCUAGUAGAUACAUUAUCCACAACAACACUCAUUAGAAUUUUGCAUGACGUCUUAUAUGUUGGCGAACUAGGACAAGAAAUGGUCCAUGCUGAUUAACGUCUGGAUGUUCACAACCAUGGGGUGAAGCAAGCCUGACCGCCUACAGCCCCCUCACAACCAUUUACGGCCUUGGGCCAGGAAAGUCACGAAAAAUUGCGCAUGAAAGAUGCAUUCACGCAAACUCCCGAUGCUCCGUUUUGAAGUUUCAAAAUGAAACAACUUUGAAUUGUAUUAUGUUUUAAAUUGUGUUUCUUCAAUAAAAGCUUAUAUC